UCUUUUGUGUUGUUGAAACUUGCAACAUAUUAACUUGGAAAAAUCGAAAUUGAACUUUGGAUCAUCUUUAAUGUUUUUUUUGCCAUGUUCAGUUCAAUUAUGCUCCUUAUUUGCACAUUUUUCAAAUAUGAUGGCUGAAGAAAAUCAAAAUUUAGUAAAGAUCAAACGACCCAAGAUCAUCCUAUGUGAUAUCGAAGGUACAACCACAGCAAUAACAUUCGUUAAAGAAAAACUAUUUCCUUAUGUUCGUGCCAAACUUCGUAAUUAUUUGAUUGAAACCUGGGACACAGACACUACUCGAAACGAUAUAAAGCUUUUAUUCGAACAAUAUCAAAAGGAUAUGAUCGAUGAUCAGCUGUUUGAUCUUAGAAUUGGCAAUAAUUGUUCUUUCGACAUUGAUACCGUUUGCGUCUAUGUCGAUUGGUUGAUGGAUCAUGAUCGAAAAGUUGGACCAUUGAAGCAAUUGCAAGGUCAUGUUUGGGAAAAUGGCUACAAUACUGGACAAAUUCUCGGACAUGUUUAUGACGAUGUAUCUCGAUGCUUUCGUCGAUGGACUUCAAAAUUCAAUGUUAAAAUUGGAAUCUACUCCUCUGGAAGUGUAUUGGCUCAAAAACUUUUGUUUUCACAUAGCAUUCACGGAGACUUGACACCUUUCAUUUCGUAUUAUUUUGAUACAAACAUUGGCCCAAAGCAAUCAACCGAUAGCUACAGAUUGAUUACCGAGAAAGUAGGUUCAUCUGCAACUGACAUUGUCUUCCUUACGGACGUCCCAAAAGAAGCCAAAGCAGCAAAAGAAUCUGGUAUGAUGGCAAUUUUAUCAGAGCGUGAUGGAAUUUUCCUCACCCCAGAUGACAAACAUACAUUUAAUUCGAUAACAAGUUUUGAUAAAAUUAUUUUUCUAGAAUUUUAAAGAUUAAAAUGCAAAUAAAUACUGACUUGUAAUAAAUUUUUUAUGGCUCAUGAUAUAAUGACUUUCACA